AUGGAGGAGCACUUCGGCCCUCUAGCGGCCUCGCAUCUGCUUCAGCAGACCUUGAGGAGCCUGUGCAUUCAUGAAGACGCACAAUGGGUCUACGCCGUCUUCUGGAGGAUACUCCCCAGGAACUACCCUCCACCCAAGUAAUCAAGAAAAUCACGACAACCCAGGAUAUAUUAUAAAUCAUGCUUAAUGUCAUCGUCUUCAUCUAUCUCUAUCAAUCUCUCCUGCUAACUCAAAAUUUUAUUAUUUUGGUAGAUGGGAUCUCCAAGGAGGCGCUUUCGACAGGUCCAGGGGGAACAGGAGGAACUGGUAGGCCUCGUUUUUCUCAAACCUUGAUAUUAGUGAAUACUUUCUGAUCACCCCGAAAGGAAAUAUUUUAUAUAUUCCUUGGCUUACUGCGUUAGGAUACUGGUGUGGGAAGAUGGAUUCUGCAAUUUCGCCUCUUCUUCUGGCGGUUGUACUAAUUCCCACCACAUCAACGGCCUGCAACCCGAGCUCUUCUUCAAGAUGUCGCAUGAAAUCUACAGCUAUGGUGAAGGGUACCUCUCUAUCCAUCUUUCUAUCCAUCUCCCCUCCCAAUCUUGCUGUAAGUCCGGUAAGUCGAUAGAUCUGCAUGUCAAUCUACUUUUUUCCCGACCUAACACAAUGAAAAAAUGGCGACCAUCAUCAUCAUUACAUCCUCCUGAUUCUCCGGUGGCAUAUGUGCGACCUGUUUGAUGAUCGUCGGCAUGGGCAGCUUGAUUGGGAAAGUCGCGGCAGAUCACAGCCACAAAUGGAUCUUCAGGGAGCCCCAAGAUCACGAUGUCAACUAUCUUUCUGCAUGGCCAAUUCCCGGUGAUUCAGUAAGUUGGGUAGACCCUUCACUUCUCUCAUGGUUUUGGUUCACAAGACUCUCUUUUAGUCCUAACCUUCUGAGGACUUCCAGCACCCGAGGACAUGGGAAGCUCAGUUUCAGUGCGGCAUCAAGGUCCGAUCCACAGAUAUCUCCUAGUAACUACAUUAUUUGCUUUUUCUGCUCUAUAGUACGUACUGAUCAUUGUGGUAAGUUUACGCAGACCAUUGCCCUAAUUGCAGUUGGAGAAGGUGUUGUUCAACUAGGAUCUAUCAACAAGGUGCUCUCUCUCUCUCUCUCUCUCUCUCUCUCUCUCUUCCCCCCCACCAAUGGACACAGACAACACAUGCGCAGAAUCCUCACAAGACUAUCCUAUCAGCAUGCCACUCUCCGAUGAGCGGAAGUCUUACAGGAGGGGGCAAAGCUCGUUCAUGGAACGCCCAUAGAGUAGAAAACAUGAUUAGGAAAUCGAACAAAUUUCAUGUGACUUCCCAAUUCCAUAAUCCUUUGUUAGUAGUAUCCACGGUUUUUCUCACCACGCCAAUUUUUCAGGUUAUGGAAGACCUAGCCUACGUCGUUCUACUGCGCAAGAGAUUCAACUACCUCGAGAGCAUCCCCGGUGUUCUGCUGCCUCACCCUUCCUCAUCCGCCUUCCCCUUCAACGUCGAGGGAUGUUACGGUCCAGAAAACUCUUCAGAGUUCCAGGCAACGGCUGCGCCGCCAAUACCCAUGGAGGUUUACAACCAUCUCAGCCCGCCAGUGAGGAUCACCCCAUCCAUGAGCAGCCUCGAAGCUCUUCUUUCCAAGCUUCCUCCUGUUUGCCCCAUUCCACCGUCUUCCCAUUCCACUGUCUGCCUAGGGACGACCACCAGCGCGUCACAGCCCCAGAGGCCGGAUGAGCCGGUAGGUGUCGAUAAGGUAGCCAAGGAAGAGCUUGAUGAAGACAAUGACGGUAGAGAGAGGAGUAUAAACUUCGUUGGCCAGAGCAGCGGCUCCAUGGCGUGCUGGUUCUUCAAUGCGGCAAAACCUACAGAGGGUCUCUAA